CCUUAUCACCCAGAACAACAGUGAGUUGAGGGAAAAGUUCUUCUCAGGUUGCCAUAAACUUUCUCACACUGACAGAAAACCCACAGUGGAGCUCUGAAUCAACAAACUUUACCAUCAAAGAGUUGCUCAGCAAACGCUCACACUUUUGGAGAUCGUAAAGUUGCAGGAAAGUUUGAAUGCAGUCUGCUCGUUAGGACAUUCUUCAGGGGAUUGCAAAAGAGGGUUUACUUAGAUUAGCCUCUUUGUGCUUUUUCACGUGAAAGAGCCUUUAUAAGGCGUCAUUUGUGUUUGGAGACGGUGGUGCGCAACACAACGAGGAAAAGGACGCGUCUUCUUGUGCCAAAGUUUGAUUUACUUUACGCGUUUUCACCAUGGCAGCGUACACGUUACCGGAGGGGUUCGCAGAGUUUGAUAUGUUUACAUUCGGCACAGCGCUUCUUGUUGGGGGCAUGCUUGGAUUCUUCCUCAAUGCCAUCAGCAUCGUGUCUUUCCUCACAGUGAAGGAGAUGAGGACUCCCAGCAACUUCUUUGUGUUCAACCUCGCUGUGGCCGACAUCUGUUUGAAUAUUAAUGGACUCACAGCUGCAUACUCAAGCUACCUCAGAUAUUGGCCGUUUGGUCAAGAUGGAUGUGCCUUUCACGGUUUCCAGGGCAUGAUAGCGGUCCUGGCGUCCAUCAGUUUCAUGGCUGCCAUCUCUUGGGACAGAUAUCACCAGUACUGCACUAGACAGAAGCUCUUCUGGAGCACUACGAUGACGAUGUGCGGCAUCAUCUGGAUUCUUUCCAUCUUCUGGGCCGCUGUUCCGCUCAUGGGAUGGGGCGUCUAUGACUUUGAGCCUAUGAGGACUUGCUGCACGCUCGACUACACCAGAGGGGACAGGGACUACGUGACCUUCAUGCUGACUCUGGUGCUGCUCUAUCUGACGUUCCCGGCCUUAACCAUGUGGUCAUGUUACGGUGCUAUCCACAAGCAGUUUAAGAAGAUCCAUCACCAUAGGUUUAACACCAAUGUGCCUCUGAGGGUAAUGCUGAUGUGCUGGGGCCCCUACGUCCUCAUGUGCAUCUACGCCUGCUUUGAGAACGUGAAGCUCGUAUCUCCCAAGCUACGAAUGGUGCUUCCAGUUAUUGCAAAGACAAAUCCCAUCUUCAACGCGCUCCUCUACUCGUUUGGAAAUGAGUUCUACCGAGGCGGCGUUUGGAAUUUCCUCACCGGGCAGAAGAUCGUUGAUCCGGUUAUCAAGAAGGCAUAUUAAAAGGAAGCUCAAUACGUUCUGGCAAAAAAAUCCCAAACCAUCAUUUGCUCUUAAGAUAGGUUCCUGUUGUAAACAUCAAUACGCCAUUUAGACGUCUGUACAGUUUUUCACAUGUGGACAGUAGCUGAAGCUCUGGGCGAUCUCUACAUUUGGUGCCUCAUGCUGGAUUUGUGUAAAUCUACAAAAUGUGUUGCAUGUAAUGUAUCCACUUUCAAAUUACUGCAUUCUUUCUACAGCAAUUUGCCAUUAACCUGCACUGCUCCUCUGUCCGUUUUAGACCACUUACAAUAAACACAUUGUGUUGCUGCUCUUCUA